AUGCCUCGGACGCAGAAGGACUUCGAGAUCGAGGAGGCCCUCAUUCCCAUGCUCAAGCGGAAUGCCAGAUAUCAUGGCCUAUUCAUCCCUAUCAAGUAUUGGACUCAACGUGUGAAUCGCAAGCUGGAAAUGACAUUGGGGGAUGGAACUCUGAAGAAGACAAUGUUGGAGACGAAGUGCAAUAUCAUCAACCGGGAAUUUGAUGCCUGUGAGGAAGACAGAGCCAAGUACGCACCUCUCACCAUGAUCAAGCUUGAGCAUAGAAAGGUCUCACAGAGGAGACAGUCAAUUAACAGACUCGCUGAUGGAAGGAAGAAGGUCUACUUCAUUUGCGUGGAAUCAAAGACACAGAAAGAGCCGAAACCAGAUCCGAAGAAUCCGCCAACCGAAGCGCAGCGAACCGAAUACUUCCAGAGGCAAUACAAUGCAUUGGCCAACCUGGCAGACAGUGAGAUGAGGAAGCAUGAGUCUAGAGAGACCCAGGAAGAACAAGAACAACAACAACAGCCCAAUGCACUGACCAUAGCAGCCGCGGAGGCAACAGAGACCCAACAACAACAACAGCCAAGGGCUGUGACUCCAACCAACUUGGAUGAGCAACCAACUGCAACCGAACCGAGACAGGAGGAGGCGAUAACCGAUCCUUUCUUGAAGCUUUUUGAUGGCAUUGUGGAGCCGGCAAUGAUUCAUGCUCUCCAAGACAAUGAGGAAGGUGUAGCCCUUUUGAAAGAUAGAAUGGAACAACACUUCUUUGAGACACAUAAAGAAAAGCUAGCAAAGCACUAUGCGCCGUUUAAGGCGCCUGUAAAAUACAAACAAAAAGACAUACUUACUCUCAAUCCAAAAGAAUAUCCAGAACUUAAUCGACUUGGGAUUCCCAUGUCUGUUCCUGCCCUCCGUGAUGUCUGCUUAGGUCUGAUAAGAGUGUCGAAGGACGUUCCUGAAGUUAUGGAACUGAAUAGAUCAGGUCGAAGUGAGAGCAAGAUGCUAAACUUUUGGCUGACUCCAUCCUCAACGAUGAAGAGGCUGUAUGAAAACGUGAAGAGUUUCUUACCAGCAGCAUUGGAAGCAUCGAUGACUGAAAAGGCAGUGGCGACAGGGAAGCUCACAAUCUCCGAUGCAAAGAGAGUCUUCAUCAGAGUACUCGCUGCAUUGGAUGCACAGGUAUUCGAAGAAGUAGCCAAAAGGAAGCUGAAAUCAAAGCGGCCCAAAAUGGAGCCUCAUCGUCAGAAGGCAAUGUUGCUUGAUGCCAGUCUAUCGAAGCACCAGUUCGAGCUAGUUCGAAUGUACACCAUUGUGGCAAUCGGAUACAAUCCCUUCCAACCAGUUGCGAUGAUCAAAGCUCUUGAUGUUGAAGUCUUCCAGCCUACUCAUCUGACAUUCAAAGAGGGCAAACGAAAAAAGAUGAGCCAUUAUAGGCCAGUUGAUAAAGUGUUCAAGUGGUCAUUGGACAGGUCAAUGAAGAGACUUACCGAGGCAGGAGAUCUCCAAAGGAUUGAAGUGUGCCACAUUGUCUUUGGUGCCGACCAUGGCCAAGGGGCAUUCCGUGCCGUGGCGACGAUUCUCCUCUUGUCCAAAGGUAACGUCCACAAGUACAAUCUUGCGCUGGAAAAAGACUUUCUUUGUGGGUUCAUAGAAUGCAAGAAGGAUACAUAUGAAGUAAUCACGCAGUCCCUUGCAAAGCCACUCAAUGAGUCGCUCAAGCGAGCUGGACCGGACAUUGUCUUCUGCCAAGACGAAGACCACAAUCGCUUCGUCGAAUUUGGAAGAAGGGAUGAGAUCAGCCAACGAGAAGGCAUCAUUGUCUUGCAUGCAGUCGAUGUCGAGAGCUUCUUGGUUGGAGAUCUCAAGUUUGGCGGGUGUUCCCAAGGCAGAGACGGCUACAGCACCUACUGGUGUCUGAGGUGUAUGCUUGGAAAGGCUGAAUGGACUAACAGCCCCAACUGCCUCGAGUGCGGCCAACCUUGGACUUGGCAAGCCAUGGCCGACCAAAGAAAGAAAGCUCAACAGAUCGUAAAGGACAAGAAGAGGCAGCCAAAAUCAGCAGAGGUUCGAGGUUGUGUGCAGCCACCAAUCUUUGAUGCCAUUCCCGUGAAGAACUACCUCACUCCAGUGUUGCACAACGUGGAUCUCUUCACCAAUACAAUCAAGCAAAUGAUUGAUGGCUAUGUCGACCACAGACUUGAGAACCGACCGAUGGAGUUCCUGCAAGCGAGGUGGGAAGAGGCAGAUACAAUAAUCGAUGAGAGGCAAGCUGAAGCCGAUCUGGAGUGUGCCAAAGACAUUAUGGACGCAUCCAAAGAGUUCGAAAAUGCCGCUUUGCUUACCGAAGCCAAGGAAACCUUCAAAGCGGCCGAAGAGCAGCUGCAGAAAGCCAAAGCUGCAAGGAGGGAAGCAGCUGCCGAAAUGAGGAGGCUCGAAAAAGAUUCGGAAUACGGUGCCCUCAGCCAGGAGAUUCGACAAAGCCUCGAUGAAGAAAUGGCCAAUCUUUUCAACAUCCACCGGUCGAGCUGGCAUGGUGGAGCCAUGGUAGGCAAUUACUGCAGGAAGAUGUUGCAUGACAGUGAGAUGGCUUCGAUUCGAGAUGUCUUGGUGCCACGGUUAGUGCGUCUUUUCAGAAAGAUGUCAAGGACGCUUCCUCCCAAAAUCCACAUGCUUGCACACCUAGUCGAAGAUCUGGAGCGCUUCAGAGGAAUGAAGUUUCACCACGAGUCGAAGAUAGAGGUUGCUCAUCAGAUUGGAAAGAGGAUAGAUUACAGGUUCCGAUCAAUGGCAGCCACGAAGGACAAGAGAAUGCAUGCCGAAAUGAAAUUCGAAGCCAACCUGACAGAUGACGCCGUCAAAGCCACGCAGAAGGAUAUCAAGAAGAAGAGAGCCCGAAACUAUUCGGAGAAAACAAAAGCAAAGAAGGAGUUAGCAGAUCAAAGGAAGAAGCAACAAAAGGUGACAUCCAUCGAAGACAUCCUUGGACUCCCGGAAAUCAAAGAUGAGUUUCCCUCGGUACUGGAACUGACCAUUGUCGACCGUGUGCAUGCCAGAGAAGAGGAGAAGGAGCGCAGAUCUAGAGAGGGUUGGUAG